AUGGUAUAUUUUAAAUUCAAUUUUGGACUUUGGAAUAAUGUUUGUCUAUGUUCUUUUUUAGCCAGUCUGCAAAAUAUAUAGUAUUGUUUUUGUCCAGAGUAAUGGCUGGAAAAGGAAAUCCGAAGAAAGGUGGGGAACAAAAACGAGAAAAGCUACUUGUAGCAGCAAUUGACUUUGGCUCGACGUAUUCAGGGUAUGCAUUCUCGUUUAGAGACGAUUUUCAAACAAAUCCUUUGAAAAUUUAUACGAACAAUUGGUCGUCUGAACAGUCUGGCGGAAUCUCAUAUAAGGCGCCUACCACAGUUCUACUUAAACCGGACCAAACUUUCCACAGCUUUGGAUACGAAGCAGAAGACAAAUACGCAGAAUUGACUGAGGCAGAGGAUCACGAGGGGUGGUAUUAUUUCAGUCGCUUCAAGAUGAAACUCAUGAAUGCUCUGGAUAUUUCUAAAGAUCAGACGGGAAGUGAUCAUCUAUUUACAGAAUUAAGGAGGGAUAUGGAAAUAGAAGAUAUAGAUGGUAAAAAGAUGCCAUACAUGACAAUAAUAGCUCACGCCAUUCGUUAUUUGAAGGAACAUCUACUCAAACAACUUAACGAGAAGAACUUGCUGGGGGCACUAACAGCAGACGGCAUUUUCUGGGUUAUCACAGUUCCCGCCAUUUGGACAGAUUCUGCUAAACAGUUCACAAGAGAAGCUGCUAUAGAGGCUGGUAUCUAUGACGACCAGUUAAUGUUGGCCUAUGAACCGGAAGCUGCCGCCUUGUACUGUCGUCUGCUUCCUAUUGAUAAGUUCGAGAGUGGAGGAGAACACCAAGAACUGGUCCUAAGAACUUUUGAACGAGGGAAAAAAUUCAUGGUCAUCGAUCUUGGUGGAGGAACUGUGGAUAUAACGGCUCAGGAAACAACACAAAAUGGCGAGAUGAAGUCAAUAUCUGAGGUGUGUGGUGGUCCAUGGGGAGGAACCAGAGUUGAUGAAGAAUUCCUCCAAUUCCUGAUUAAGCUUGUGGGAGCAGAGGUUCUUAAUGAAUUUAAAGAGGAUUGCCGGUCCGAUUAUCUGGAUCUAAUGCGCACGUUAGAAGUAAAGAAAAGAAAUGUUGAUUCUCAUUCAAAUCACCCGGUUCAAAUAAGAACGCCACCAUCUUUAUUUCAAAUUCUUGAAGAAAAAACAGAAUGCAAUAUUUUUGAAAUUGUUAAACAGUCUCCAUAUGAGAGCUCAGUGACCUGUUCAACCGAUAAAAUGAAGAUUGAUAUCAGUUUCUUCCGAGAUUUUUUCAAAAAAUCCCUCAAUGACAUAAUAACUCACCUUCAAGACAUUUUACAGAGGCCAAGCUGCGAAGGUCUGCUUGGUAUGGUGGUAGUCGGUGGUUAUGCUGAAAGUCCUCUGUUAAUUGAUAAACUAAAGAAAUCGUUUCCAGGAAAACGUAUCAUUGUUCCCAUGGAGGCUGGACUUUCUGUCGCUAAAGGAGCCGUUCUCUAUGGCCACAAUCCUGACGUUAUUUGUUCACGAGUUUGUCGCUAUACCUAUGGGGAUGAGAUUUGUAAGCCCUUCAUCGAAAAAGAACAUCCGUUAAGUAAUCUGACUGCUUUUAACAAUGAAAAAUAUUGCAAAUUUAUUUUUCAAAAGUUCUUUGAAAAGGGUGAAAAAGUAUCCCUCGGUGAGAAACGAACUUUCACAGAAAACUAUGACUUCCGGGAUAAAGGAAGAAAAUAUCAGCGAGAUGAACCGCUAAGAAUAAAAGUAUACAUCUCCAAAAGAGAAAACCCUGUCUUUACUUAUGAUGUUGGAUGUCGAGUUUUAGGAGAAAUAAUCGUAGAAUGCGCAAAUAAAAAAUGGCCUGCAGAGUUCACUUGUACAAUAGAAAUGGAGAUCGCAGGAACAGAAAUACAAGUGUCGGCAAAAAUGAGUACUGGCGAGAAAGCAACCGCCAAGUUUGACUUUUUGUGAUUUGUUAGAAAAAUGUUUAUAUCCAUAAUUUAACAUAAAGUUGUAACAGCAAUUCACUUAUCGCACAUGUAGAAGCUAUGUGAAAUGCCUUCAUUUGUUCAUUAUUUUUCAUAACAGUAAUUUCUUCCCUGGAAUGAAAUGUGAUUGAAAGAAAGUGUUUGAUGAAAAUGUUUUCGAGAGCUCUAUGAUUCUGUGCACUGAACUAUUGAGAUUAUAUGGUAUUAUAAUUAUUUUCUUGUUGUUUUUGAAGUCCAGUAUUUGUUCUGUUGUAAAACCCACCUAAUGGUUUAAUGAAGAUACCUUUCAAAUUAACAGCAACAACACUAAAAAAGAUACCUUUACAAUGAAAUUUAAGGAGAUAACGAACGGUAUUCGAGCUCAAAUGUCCAUUCAACAUUACAAAAUAGAGCGGAGAAAGCACAGACUUCUAAAACAUCAGAAAUGGGAUCAGUGAUCAUGAAGAAAUAAGCAUUUCCUGUCGACUGGUAACACAUGAUUUUUCUUUCGAAAAUCAGCAAUAUUUGCAUUUAGCAUCAUUGAUAUGGCGAUUUGGUAUUUACGAGUGAACUUGAAAUAAAAGACACAACAAAGUCUAAACAUC